CCCAACAACAAAAAUCUGCUAAACUAAGCCAAUCUUUGCUGGUUGUUAAUGAUGAAAGCAAAAAAGGCCAUUUUUGAUAGACUUCCCUUUGUUGUCUCUCACCCUCCCCACCACCCAUCAUUCUCCAAAAGCCAUGUCAGCCUGAUGAUGUCCCAUUUAUGCUCCCUCCCUCCCCCUUUUUAUAACCCCUUUGAUCAUCCAAAACCUACUUUCUCUAUCCUUCAACUCCAGCAAAACCAAGAACCCACACUCAGAAAAGAAGAACAAGGAGAAAGAGAGAGAGAUGGGAUUGAAACACAGGUUUAGAUUGUCAGACAUGAUCCCAAAUGCAUGGUUUUACAAGCUCAAAGACAUGAGCAAAUCCAUCCCCACAACCACACACCAUUCCUCCAAUCACAAGAAGAAAAGGCCCCCUAAUUCCACAGUAGCAGCAGCAGCCACAGCCACAAGGGCUCCACAGCACCCAAGGUACUCCUCCUACUUGUCAGGGAAACCGGGCAGAGCUACCAACAACCAUCAUCAUUAUCAGCAUCACAAGCUGUACAAUUCACCUGUGAACCAGAAGGCAUCAGACACUCAGUUUCCUGAUCCACCUAGGAGAAGCAGCAGGAGGAGGAAGGCAGUCUACAAGCCUUCUCCUAAGCUGCUCUCCUCCUCUUCUUCAUCAUCAGUUUGCAGCAAAUGUCGUGAUCAGAAUGAUAACCCCACUCUGCCCCAUUCCCCUGGCUACUCCACCUCUCCAUUUGAGUCUUCCCCUGACUUCUGUGGCUCUAUUCUAACCGAAUCCGACGAUGAAGAUGAUGAUCUCGCCUCGUCUUUCGCCCGACCUCCUAGGUCAUUUGACGAUCAGGUGGUUUCAGCUGCAUGGUCUACAUCAUGUCACUCAUGUAAGCUCAGCUCCUCCACGGCUGACAUCAUCAUCGAUGUGAAUGGGCAUUCCUUGGAAAGGAACAACAUCAACAAGGUUGAUAUUCAUGAGCUGGAGAAGCUUCCUCCCAUUGUUACAAAGCCAUCUAGAAUGGAUCAUGUGAAAGCACAAAGGUCUGUUUCUGAUCAAAAGAAAAGGACCAAGUCUAGUCCUUCUCCGCGAAAAUCCACAUCGAAUAAGAAGUACUCUGCCACGGGGAUAAGGCUGAAGGCCAACUCGCCGAGGAGGCUUGCAAGCAGGAAAGUUCAGGGUAGUAGGAAGAGUACUGCUGUCACAUCAUGUUUAUCAGCAGCAUCAGCAGGGAACAGGAUUGGAGAGAGCUUUGCAGUGGUGAAGAAGUCGGUUGAUCCGGAGAGAGACUUCAUGGAAUCCAUGGUGGAAAUGAUAGUGGAGAAUGGAAUCAGGGGUUCAAGGGAGCUCGAGGAUCUUCUUGCUUGUUACCUCUCCCUCAAUUCGACCAAGUACCAUGAUGUUAUAGUCAGGGCAUUUGAACAAAUCUGGUUUCACAUGUCUUAACAAUUAAAAUAGUCCUUGUACAAGUAAGAUGUAUGUAUGAAUGUAUGUAAGAUAGAUGGAUAGUACCAACUUUCCUUAUGUUGUUAUGGCAAUGAAAAGCAGGCUACUUUCUUAUGGGCAUGAGAAAAAGUAGUGAACUUUGUGAAGGCCAAUGGUUUUUUAAAAUGAGGGUUUCAAUUAUUUGUCAUUAUUAAUCAGCUGCAUGAGCCUGAGGUUUUUGAGUGAUGGAGGCUAAAAGACAGCAGCAAUAAGCAGCAGGUGACUUG